CAUGCGGAUAUACCCGCUAUGUAAAAUGGCGGCGUGAGAGAGGCUCGUUCAAAACACAGCGGUUUUACCUGUGGAGGUGGUUUUACUAACGUUUCUAAAACGGUCUGCGUUACGUGGAGCUGUCUGAGACUCAUUCAGAGGUAGAGGUCGGAAUUUACAUUCCAGAAAAGAGCAGGUGGGAUGGCGAAGAGGAUCGCUGAUAAAGAGCUAACGGACAGGAACUGGGAUCAGGAGGAGGAGGGAGAGGAGGCCGGGACGUUUUCAGUUGCAAGUGAAGAUGUGUUGAAGAAUCGGGCGAUUAAGAAGGCCAAACGCAGAAAUACUGGAGAGGGUGAGAGUGGAGGAACCUUUAAAGGGUUCAAAGGGUUUUCUUUGGCCACGUCACCAGCGAGUGGAGCCUCGACUCCAACAGCCUUUUCUGGUUUUGGGAACGGUGGAGGUUUUAAGGGCCUCAGCAGUCUGACCAACGGAAACAGCAUCACUCCAUCGUUCGGAGGUUUCUCAUCUCCUGCUGCAUCCUCCACUGCUGCACCUGGUCUAACAUUCAACGGCCCCACCUCCGCCAAGCCCACCGCUGACAUCACCGCCAAGCAGACCAAUGGCUCCGCUCCGAGCCCGACUCAAAGCUCCAGCUCCUGCAGCAGCAGCACUGUCAGCAACAAGGAGUACAGCCGGCAGCUCACCGCUCUCAACUGCUCAGUGCGGGACUGGAUCACCAAGCACGUGAACGACAACCCUCUGUGCGAUCUCAACCCCAUCUUCAGGGAUUAUGAGCGGCAUCUGGCCAGCAUCGAGCGGCAGUACGGAGCCGGGUCUGCUGACGGAGGCUCCGAGGAGAAGAAGCAGGGAGGGACGCUGCCAACCACGGCCACCCCUCCUCCUCCUCCUCCUUCCUCCUCAUCUUCCUCCUCCAGCAGAAGCAGCUCGGCGGCUCCAGCUCCAGCCGCCGCUUUGUUCUCCUUUGGCAAAAAUAAGACAGACGACUCGGCCCGGGACAAAAGCGCCGCCGCCGCCGCUCCGAUCAACGCCGGCGUCACGUUUAACUUCGGUCAGAAGGUGGACGGCUCGGUUCUGGGCUCCUUAGGGUCCAAAACGACCCCCCCCAGCUUCUCCUUCUCCUCCUCCAGCGCCUCCUCCAGCCAGACCUCCCUGUUCGGAGCUCCUGGAUCUGCUGCACCGCUGUCCUUCAGCGGGAAGACAUCCGUGGACGCUAAGCCUGCAGCUGAGAACGGCGAUGAAGAGUCGGAGGAGCCGCCCAAACCUGAGGUCAAAGAGGUGAAGGAGGACGACGCCUUCUACUCAAAGAAGUGUAAACUGUUCUACAAGAAGGACUCGGAGUUCAAAGAGAAAGGAGUGGGAACUCUGCACCUCAAAAAGAUAGAGGAGGGAAAAACUCAGAUGAUCAUUCGCGCCGACACCAAUCUGGGAAACAUCCUGCUGAACAUCAUCGUGCAGGCGUCCAUGCCGUGCUCUCGGGUCGGGAAGAACAACGUGAUGGUGGUGUGCGUCCCCAACCCGCCCGUCGACGAGAAGAACGCCAGCAGCCCCGUCCCCCUCCUCAUCCGGGUCAAGACCGCCGAGGACGCCGACGAGCUCCACAAGACCCUGGAGGAGAAGAAAGGCUGAACCCCCGAGCUUUUAGCAGACUUCGCCUGGUCGUCCUCGGACCCUCCAGACUCAUCGACCUCACCACGCCGGUUUUAUCCACACACACUCACGUAAACACAUUUGUACUUAACUCAUCCUGGUAAAUCACGUUUCCCUCAGUCUCCCACAAUAAAUUGGUCGUCAUACUGUGAAAUAUUUUCGUUUUAUUUUCAAUCACGAGCAUCAGAAGCAGGUCGUCGUCGUCGCUCUCCGACUCGGCUACAUUCCUCCCGGUUCGAUGCUGCUGCUGCUGUUUUUAUUAGAGAAACAGAACGAUGUAUCUUAUCAGAGUCAGUGUUUCAUUUUACUGUUUUAAUUUGGUGGUCGAGUGACAGACAGUGUGAAUCCAGAUGAAUUAUUAAUAUUUUGCGACAUCUACGAUCCUUACCACUGAGGGUUUUUUUUUUGGGGAAUCCUCCAGAUAAAAAGGUCCAGUCGAUUUGGUUUUACAAAUUAAAUACUUGCAGUAACAGUUGAUUUUUUUAAAUGAACAUGUCGAGGAUGUAGUGCGUCUGCGGAGUGUUUUUUGCUCUGGAAACUAUUUAUUGUGUCGGCAGGAUUUGUACUCACUGAUUGAACCUCGUGUGAAUGUUUCCCCUGAAGAGCUUCUGAAAACGGUGUGGAAGGGAAGUGUGAAACGGGCCGGUUGUUUUUAUUUUCUGUAAACAUGGACUCUGUUGUUUUCCAAGUGUCCUUUUGUGUGGCCUUCGGUUCGGCCUUCGAGAUGAGGCAUGCUGUCAUCGUCUGAGAACAUUUGUAAAGACAUUUAUUGGGGAAUAAAAAGAAACAAACCA